ACCUCUCAACGGGUUCAGCACACUGAGACGGAGAAAACGCGCGCGCACGAACACACACACACACACACACACACACACACGCCGGCUUGUGUCAGCUGGACUUGCUGAAGUACAGUGGAGAACUCGAUCUGAUUGCACGCAGUCCUACAUGGCCUGGAGUUAAAGAGUCGCCCACUCAGAGCUGGAGGGAUUCACUGCACUGCACUGCACUGCACUGUGGCCGAAUUUUGGGUGCAUGACAGAUUAACAAGCUGUGGGGGUAAAAUAGAGUAAAACGAUGAAGCUGCUGUUGGCUGUGGCCUCCAUGCAGAUGCUUUUGGCUCCGGUGUUCAUGGUGCCGAGUGCUGAUUACUGGGGCGAAUGGGGGCCGUAUGGCGAGUGCAGCCGCUCGUGUGGCAUCGGUGUAACCAUGAGGACGAGACAGUGUGUGAGUCAGCGGACUGAUGGAGGCCGCAGCUGUGUAGGACCAGAUAAAUCUUAUCGCACAUGCAAUAUUCAGGACUGCCCUGAGGGUUCUAGAGAUUUCCGUGAGGAGCAGUGCGCUCAGUUCGAUGGCAGCGAUUUUCAUGGAAAGCACUACAAAUGGUUGGCUUACUAUGGAGCGGAGAACCAGUGUGAGCUGAACUGCAUCCCCAAAGGAGAGAACUUCUAUUUCCGUCACCGGAGCUCGGUAGUGGAUGGCACAUCCUGUCACCCAGGAAAGAGUGAUAUCUGUGUGGAAGGAGUGUGCAGGCGUCUAGGCUGUGACAGCAUGCUGGACUCUGGGCAGCAGGAGGACGCAUGCCUGCAGUGUGGAGGGAAUGGUCAGACCUGCAACUUUAUCAGGAACACGUUCUCCAUGCGAGAUCUACCCAAAGGUUACAAUCAAAUGUUCAUUAUCCCUGUUGGUGCCACCAGCAUCCGUAUCGUUGAGACUGUACCGACUCGUAACUACUUGGCCAUCAAGAACUUGCGUGGUGAAUACUACCUUAAUGGGCACUGGGUAAUCGAAUUCUCAGGGAGCACCCCCAUUGCUGGCACUAUGCUUUAUUACCAGAGAGGAACAGAGGGGGAAAUGUCCCCUGAGACCAUCACCGGUCGUGGUCCAACCACUGAGCCUUUGGUGAUUGAGCUCAUCACUCAAGAACUCAACCAAGGAAUUGAGUACGAGUAUUACCUUCCUAUCAGCCACCCAAUAGAGGGUCACUAUUGGAGCUAUGGUUCUUGGUCUGCCUGCAGCAAGGAAUGUGGCUCUGGUUACCAGUCCCGUCUGGUCUUUUGCACUAUUGAUAAUGAAGCCUACCCUGACUACUUGUGCGCAUCUCUGCCUCGACCUCUCAAUAACCGUACAUGCAAUGAACAACAGUGUCCCCUAACCCGCAGGAUGGCGUAUGUGUAUCGACCACAAAUAUGGACACCCAAGGAAACAAGACAUGUCUAUGUGCAGGUGUACAGCUGGAAGGUGGGCGAGUGGAAUCAGUGCUCGGUGACGUGUGGUGGGGGCACCCAGGGACGCCGUGUGGAGUGUAUGUCUCACGAUGCCUCUGGAAAGCGGCUGGUAGAAGAGUCUUUGUGUGAGGUUUACACUCCCAGACCUGCCAGCCAGCAAACCUGCAACAUGCAGCAUUGUGCACAGUACAGUGUGUCCUCAUGGAGUCAGUGCUCAGUAACAUGUGGCUCUGGAGAGCAGACAAGAGAGGUGAUGUGUGUGGGUUCAACAGGAAGUAAUCGUGUUGCAGAUUACAUGUGUGCCAGUCUUCCCAAGCCUCUAAGUACUCAGAUCUGUGAGAUGCCUGCCUGCAUAACCCGGAUCGGCUGGCAUAUUGGUGACUGGGGGCUGUGUUCUAAGAGUUGUAGCUCGGGGCUUCGGGAGCGGCAGGUAAUCUGUUCAGACUCACAGAGAAACAUUUAUGGGGUGGAGCAUUGUAACGCCUUUCCCAAGCCCUCUACUGUGGAGAAAUGCAACAUCCAGCCCUGCUACAGCCCCCAGGCGGUACCCAGCAUGCAAGACACAAGAGGUUAUGACAACACUAUUUUCGGUUUCUACCCCUACAAUCCUGAAGAAACCACCACAGUUCUCCAGCGGGAUGUUUCUUACUGCCAUCAGACUGCGUUUGGAUGUUGUCAUGAUGGUGUGACUCCAGCCACUGGACCUCAUGGCCAGGGAUGUUACCAAACAUCAUCCUGUACCCACACAAGGUAUGGCUGUUGUCAGGACAGUGUGACUCAGGCACAUGGACCCAAUAAAGAGGGUUGUCCAGAAUACGUUCCCUCUGUCCCCACUACAGAACAAGAGGUCUGCAGCAGGUCCAAAUACGGCUGUUGCUUUGAUGGAGUGGCCUCAGCUCGGGGUACUAACGGAGAGGGCUGCCCUAUUUCACCUGGCAGGGCUCAGCGUCCUCCAUGUGAUCUGCCCCAGGCGGUUGGAUUGUGUGAUGAAUGGACUGCUCGAUAUUACUAUGACCCUGCCUCGUCCCGCUGCGUACACUUCUGGUACGGUGGCUGCCAUGGCAACAGCAACAACUUUGCCACUAUAGAGGAGUGCCAGCAGACAUGCCAAAACCAUAGGCCCGUCACCACAUCAUACAGCACCGUCACGCGCCAAAUCUGGCCAGGUGCCAACACGUCUCGGCAUUCCCGUCAUCAUUGGGUGCAGUCGGCGGGGCGCAGGCCAGCACCAGAGACGUGCAGUCUAGCAGCCCUAAUAACAGGUAAGAGUGCUGUGCAGGAGCCCUUUAACCACACAAUGCCCUGUGUACCAAUUUGGCCUGCUGUGGGUGUGAGUAUAGACAAGUCGGAUCCAUCUACGGUGGAGGGUAUAGUGGGCCAGUGGGUGGUGUUGCCCUGCAAGGUGAACCCGCCUCCAUCUUCUACUGUGACAGUCGAGUGGAGAAAAGAUGGUGUUCUUCUUGACCCCUCCAGGCGUAUACAGCAGCCAAAUGGCUCACUUUUAAUGGGCCCUGUCAGGAUUAACGACUCGGGCUGGCUGCUGUGUGUGGCCACACGAGACCGAGAGAGAGAUCACCGCUACAUCUAUCUGUCUGUCUCAGAGCCCAAAGAUGGGGACAGUAGACCAGAUUCUGCUGAUUUUAUUUUCCCUCCCAGGUUCAGUAUUGACCGAUCAGGCGCUACACUGGUAAAUUCACGUGCAGGUCAUAUUGCCAGGCUACACUGCACCGUUCUCCCUACUUCAGCUGCUAAUUCAGUCAUCAUACAGUGGACGAAAAAUGGAGCUGUUCUCAACACACUCAGGCACUCUCAGCACUCUGAUGGCACCCUGGUGAUUAACAACCUCACAUCUGAUGAUUCAGGAGUCUAUACCUGCACAGCCUCAAGCACUCAGCAACAGGAGCAACUGCAAAUCCAGCUCAAAGUCUCGGGAGACCUGAAGAUCACCAUAGCUCCCAGUGACAUUCAGGCAUCUCAGGGCAGUGUGGUUCGGCUCCCGUGUGUAGCAUCCGGAGACAGUGUCAACAUAGCUUGGUCCAGGAACGGUGUGCCAGUGAGACCUGAUGGGCAGCGGGUGCAGGUGUCAGCAGAUGGUACAAUGACUAUAUAUAAUGUGAAGCCUGUGGAUGAGGGCUCGUAUACCUGUAAUGCCUACUCUGGGACACACGCUGUCAGCGCCACUGCUGAGAUUCGAGUAAUAAAAGAUAAUUAUGGAGAUCAAAUUCUGCCUCCUGACUGCGUGGAUGAGCCCGAAUCAGCUAACUGUUUGCUGAUAGUCAGUGCACGCCUGUGUGGACACAAGUACUAUUCCAGCUUCUGUUGUGCCAGCUGUUACAACUACUCAAUUGGAAAGGGCAGGCCUGGGAGACACGGCUAAUCGUCUCGCCUUAUCAUCCGGACUGUUAGGUCUUUUCUGCAUAUGGCCCAGAUGGACCGUCCCUCAGCAGCUUUGUCUUUAUAUCCUACAUCUAUUUCGAGGAACUGACUUUUCAGAAAUCAGUGACAGUACGAGACAGAAGCAUUCUGCUCCAAGAACUACAGAGAGCCACUUCGGCAUGUGCACAUUUAAUGUAUUGUAAAAGCAGAGGAAUAUUUGAGUUCAUCUUAUGGCUGACAAACAUUUAUGUUAUUAUAAAUAUUUUUUUAUUACAUAUGCCAUUUAUUUAUAAUGAUUGACUGUGCUUUUAUUUUUUUUAACAUACUGUGUAAUGAUGUGUGUAAUGUACUUUUAAUGUAUUGUCUCAAUCCUGGUAUUUUGUAAGCGAAACUGCAUAAAGGGUAAUAAACACAGACACAUUAAUA